AUGAAAGCACGCACAUACACAGAGUAAUACAACAGUCCAUAACUGUCCUAAAUAAUACGACGAUACAGACUGUCAGGUCAUCGGUCUAAUUAAGUGAAAAUUUGAGCGAUUAAAGAUUUUAAACAGAUUUGACUUCUACACGCACUUGAUUCUGAAAGUUUGCCUCCAUGGAUAAGUCGAAGAACUUUCGGAUAGACGCUCUCCUGUCGGAAAGCUCUCAGCGGAUCGUGCGCGGUGAUUCCCCGGGACUGUGCAAUGAAGGUGCUGAUAUCGACAUAUGCAAACGGACAGAAAACUCUCCUCCUCGCACGUUUCAGCUCCAGACAGGGGUCCUACCCAAACCGGGCAUGUUAAAUAUUUCUCAUCCAGGAUUAACCUCACUUUCUCAAGGGUCUAUGCCAGGAAUGUAUCCAUCGCCAAUGUACUCCAUCACGGCACUAGGAGCGCAGCAUCCCAGCUUCGCGUACUCCGGUUUCACGCAGUCGUACCCAGAUCAUCUGAAAGCGGCAGCCAUGGCCGGUUCAUUACCGCUUGAGCACUGGCUGCGUGCGGGACUCUUAAUGCCUCGCCUUGCAGACUACAGCGGGGCACCUCAGUCUGGACUGAUUGGAAAGUGCCGGAGACCACGCACAGCCUUCACCAGUCAGCAACUCCUGGAGCUGGAAAAUCAAUUCAAACUCAACAAGUAUCUAUCAAGACCCAAGCGCUUUGAAGUGGCCACAUCUCUGAUGCUGACUGAGACACAGGUGAAGAUUUGGUUCCAGAACCGGCGAAUGAAGUGGAAGCGCAGCCGUAAAGCUAAAGAGCAGGCUGCACAACUGGAAACAGAUGGCUGUAAAUCCGGCAAGAGAGGGAACAAGCCCAAAGACCUGAGCCGGUGCAGUGCACAUGACGAAGAUGAGGAUCUGGACCCAGAAGAGGAAGACGAAGAAGACGAGGAAGAGUUCAGACAAUCUAUUAAUGUAGGUGUGAGUCUACCUCGCAAUUCAGACUUCCUGCAGCACAGCUCGGCACUGAGCUACAGCUCUCAUGGCUCUUACUCUGACGAUGACCUGGAAGAAAUCGGAGCAGACCGAAAGAUCAGGCUAGGGUUAUGAGGAAUUAAAGGCAACUUUAGUCUGCGUGUCCACUGAUGAAUUGGACAGCAAACUAUCCUUUAAAGUCCAAUACCUCAAGACUGAAAUCUGUUGAUGUCAAAUCUGACCUAUUAGGACUCGUUCAAACCAAGAAUGAUAGCUGUAAUGAUAACUACAUGUGUGUCUACACCUUCAGUACACACAAUAACAUUCUCAAAGCAUAUGUGAAUAUUCACUGCCUGUUAUUGGUUUAUCAUAUCUGUAAUUGCAACUAUAUUGUAUAUUUAGACCGAUAUUAAAAUGAUAGUUCACCCAAAAGUGAACUCUCCUUCUAAACCUUUAUGAGUUUCUUUCUUCUGUUGAACACAAAAGGAGAUAUUUGGAAGAAAGCUGAAACCCUGUAAACAUUGAUUUCCAUAAAGGGAAAACAAAUACUAUGGAAGUCAAUGGUUACAUGUUUUAAGCUUUCUUCAAAAUAUUUUCUUUUGUGUUCAAUCGAAGAAAGAAACUCAUUAAGGAUUGGAACAAGUAAAGGCUGAGUAAAUUAUGACUGAAUUUUCAUUUUUGUGUGAACUAUCCCUUUAAGAAAGAUACCAUUAUCACUGUUACACUUGGUGCGAAUGGGGCUGUACAGCUGAUUGAUACUGUCUGUUGUCUAUGAAUGUUAACAGGACAUUUAUAGUCAAAAAAAGUCUUAGUUCAUGAAAAUGGUCUUCGAGUUUAUUUGCACUUAAUAUUUUUUGAAGGCUGCUUGUAAACUGCAAAUGUACACUAUUUCAAACUAACUUUUUUGUAUAAUUCCAAUGAUUCCAGGAUUUAUUAUUUUUUUGUUACAUUUUUUUCACAAAACAGUUGUCAAAUAUUUAGCUACUACAUUUUACCUCACUCUAUAUAAACCCUAGUAAAAACUGAAAUAUCAUGCUGGAAUUUUUAAAAUGUUUAAUAGGGUAUAUGCACAUGGGCUUUUAAUUUCGGUCGGCCAGCCCCAGUGCUUCCGGUUAAUGGGCUAUAUGCACAGCUAUAUGUGCACAUACAAUAUUGCCGCGUUUUAGAUCAGAUUUCUUUAAAAAAACAGCGAUGGCUGGCUGAGAUAUGAUAUAAAGUGGGAUUCAGACCAAACAAGAAGCACCGCAUUACAUUAUAUUUCCCCUGCCAUAUCUUUAAAAUAUUGAAAUUUAUUUUACUCCAGUAUUUUUAAUGCCAUUUCUGUGGUAACAUGCUAAUAAUGACGACCCCUGUGUUUAAACAGUCCUUUGUCUCUUUUUACGCUUGAACAACUUAAUGAAUGCUUAAGUCUAUUUAAUUGAAUUUAUUUUAAUUACAUUACAACAUCGAUGCUGUAAAAGGAACCUUGUGAAAUUGAAAAUAGUCACAUUAAGCUUUCCCCGGAAGUUCAUCAUUGGCUGAAGAACACUUGCUGUGCAUAUAGCCCAUUCAUACGUGCAACAACAAUUUCUUAGUUACAUCGCCAACUACUGGCCUGGCGUACAUAAUGCAGCAAUUUUGACAAUGUUGCUGGCUGUAUGCGAACGUUUUCAAAAAUGUAAAGGAAAUAUUUUUCUGUUUUAUUGCCUUGUAAAUGUACCUUCAGCCAUUUCCUAACUUCAAGCAGAGCAGCAUCAAUAUUAAAUACUGAAAGAAGGACAGUUUGGCUGUUUAUAGCAUUGCCAUGCUAUAUAUUCUAACAUUGACAUUUUGGUUUUUUAAAAAAAGAAGCUGUUGAACCAAAUGAGGAGGCCUUUGCACUUCAAGUCACCGACUGACACUUGUGCUCGUUGGUCUCUUGAAGACAUUUUGUUUAAUAGUAUGUUGACAAGAGUGGAUGCUAAUUAACAGAGAAUUGUCCGGAGGUCACCGGUGUCAGCUUUCUCCCUGUAAGCAUUGACUGAGAAACCCUGAGGAACUAGUAAAUCCUCUGCAAAUAUUAAACAAGGGCAAACUGUGAAAGGCGCAUUAGUUAGUCCAUUAGGCUAGUUUAUGUCAUAUUGUUGCUGUUAGUGUAUUUAAUGUUAUUUAACUGUUAUAGAUUAUAUCUAAUUUAUUCAACUGAUAUCAGGACUCUGUUUGAAGGAUCGUGUGGCCUUCAAAGACAUGUACUUGAUGCAUAAGGAAAUAAACAAUUGAAAAUGAGUUUCAGCCAUUCCUUCA